AUGGCCAACUAUCUCCCCGUCCUCCUCGUAUCCGUAUCCACACACGCUCCCGUCCCCGACGACUCCGCCCUCUCCACCCAGCCCCGCGCACAGGUCGACUACCUCUCCCAUGACUGGCAGGAGGAGGAUGUCUGGCGGUCGUGGCGGAACAUGACCCGCCAGAAGAACGAGAUCGCCAACGGUGUCAGGCUCGAGAAUGCAUCGUGGCGGACGUGGUGGAAGCAGCGCAACAAGCUCAAGACAGUGUCGCCGGAGACACUGAACUGGCUCAAGGACUCGGACGUAACCUGGCUCUACGGGCCCCUCCACACCGCCGUCGACGGCAGCGGCGGCGUCAGCAGCGAGCGCGGCUCACAUUCCCACCACGGCCAAAAGAAGAAACACAUCAGCUUCAACACCUUCGUCGAGCAGUGCAUCGCCAUCGAGAAACCGAAGAAGAACGCCUCUGGGUUCUUUGGUGCAGUCGACGAAGGGGCUUGGAUGGGCAGUCGCCAUGGUCUUGUAGAUGACGAUGGCUACGAAGAAGACCAAGAAGAUUCAGAAGAGGAGGCGGCGGCUGCAGCGGCUGCAGCACAAGGCGUGGAGUGGCAUCGAAGCAGUCAUGGAGAGGAGGAGGGAGGAGGAGCUCUUGGGAUUCGUAGCGAUUCAGAAGAAGAGGACGAGGAUGAGGACGAGGACGAAGAAGACGGAGUCAUUGAGAUGCGUUCAUCAACAAGCUACCGGCCAUCAAGCCACACGCCAAAGAAAAAACCAUCUCAUCGCUCGCAAAGCAAGGUGUCGACCACGUCAUCGUCCUCAUCUACCUCGACCGCCACGAGCUCGAGCAGCGCAAGCUCACAUAGCACGUCCAACACCACUUCCUCACCCUCGGGCUCGCUCUCACCCUCACGGCGCACUUCCUCGUCCUCCUCGCACCUCAACCGCAAGUCCUCCGUCUCGUCCAGCGGGACGGCCGUCCCUUACGUCUCGUCUACCUCCACCUCGCCUUCUGGCACUCAGGCCCCCAUCGAUCCUUACGCUGCACGCGCAUGGCGGACGGGAAAUAGUAAUACAAACAGCACGUAUCGGCCGUCGGCCUACCGCCGACCGCCCCUCAUACGCACACCAUCUGACCAGCCUGUUCAUGUCACGAUCGCGCCGAUCGCACCUACGAUCCUCAAGACGACCGGGGCGUGGGCCGAGGGCUUUGGCGACGAGGGCGGGGCGAGCGAUGACGGGUUCGCGGGGUGGGGGUGGGGCAUUGGUGGUGCCAGUGGUGUCAUUGGCGGAAGCGAGAAGGACAAGAAGGAUCGGAAAAGAGGUGGAAAUGCCAAUGGAAGCGGGUAUGGAAGCGGCGGCGGAGGUUCUGGCGGGUAUAAGCCCGGCGCCUUCGGUACGGGAACUGGCAAAGGAGGAGGGUCGAGGUUCGACGACGUCGACGAUGGCCAGAUAUCGGAAGGCACGCCCGUCGAGCUGGUGUAUGUCCCGCCGUUUGGGAGCAACUACUCGCUUGGCCUGGGCGAAUACGACGAACCCUUGGACGGACCUGGUACAGGCCCCCGCGGGUAUCCGGGCUACGUCGACGACGAUGCGGAAGAGGAAGACAUCGAGGAAGAGCUGGGUGAUGCGGUGUAUCACCACCACCAUACGGCCGGCGUCGAUGGCAUUGGCUUCGUUCCUGAACCUUCGUUCUCGCAGCCAAUAACGAUAGGCGGGAAGAACGUGCCUUCCGUCGUCAUCAACACCUCUUCGAGCAAUGUCAGCAGCAGUAGGAGGCGCCAACCGCAGGAUAUAGAGGAGGAGGAAGACCCUUACGACUUCUUUCGCGGGCCGGACUUUGGAGAGGAUUACUAUGCGCGGCGCGGUGGGCGAGGGUACAGUGCGUACGAGAGGAGUUCGGGUGCUGGGUCCACGUCUAGCUCGACGACGAAGACCUCUGACCGGGAUCGCGCGGAUCGGGACGUCAGGGCAUCGGCAAGGCAGCGCGACCGAGAAAGGGAGAGGUGGGAGGUGGGCAACGGCGAGGAGCGCCAGUCGCGGAGUCGGAGUCGAAGCCACAGCCGCACGCCGUCGCCUGCCUUCGUCUCGUCGCCCAUUGUCGAAGGAGGCGCUACUGCUCCUGCAAGCGCCAGCAGCAAUCCCAACACGAACGCCAACGCCAAUCCUAGUAUAGGCGGUGGAGGGAGCAGCAGCAGCCUCGCCUCGAGCAGCCGGUGCACGGGGUCCGGAUCUUCAGCCUUGGCCUCGAACCCGUCCUCGCGGCAAGGUUCCUCGUCUGACCUGCUCGCGCCGCCUUCACGUGGGCGCGAGCCGUCUUCUUCCAACGGCGCUCGCCCUCAACCGCAGCAACGCGGACGGUCAAGUACGCGGACGCCCUCUUCCUCGUCCUCCUCGUGGGAACGAGAAAGAGGUGCGAAUGUAGGCAACAGUCCCAUGGGGAGCUUGAGCCCCGACGGCGUGCCCCGCGCUGCGACAGGCGGCCCUGCGUCUCUGGGAGCGACCAGUGGGAUCAGCGCAGGUAUUGGUGCUGUGUUGGCUGGUAGUGGACGGGUGGAAAGGGGAGAUCGGGACAGGGAGCGAGAUAGCAGGGGAAGUGAUAGGGAAAGAGGGCGGGAGAGGAGGGGCAGAGAGAGGACGAGUGGGAAGGUGCUUAGCGCGAGCGAGGCGGCCCUCUUGGGCGAAUCUUCUGGGAGUUUGGGGCGAAGGAACGGUGCUGCUGGCGCUGUAGUAGCUCCAGCAGACCCUGCUCCUGUGAGCAACACCAGCCCCAUAGGCCCUAUCGCGAUGGAUGCCAGCUUCUCGUCGACGACCUCGACCUGCUCCAGCACGAGCAACAGCACGAUCAUGGGCCCGCCGACGGUCGUGCCCUCCUUGCAGGACGAGGAGGAGUACCCUGUCGGUUUGGCGCUCGAUGACCAAGCCCAAAGUGCAGCUGAAGCCCAAGACGCGGAGGAGAGUGCCGAAUUGCGAUACAUGCGCAUGGCAGAGGAGGAGCUGAACAGGAUCAGGACGAUCCCGACGCCCUCGAAUUCGCCUGUGCUGGAGAUGAGGAUGGUCGCGGCGGUAUUUGUGCAUGAGAACGGGAAUGGUGGGUCGGGGAACAGUACGAGCCCCAGCAACAGCGCGAAUACGAGCACUGGGACGACGACGCCAACGGGUAGCACAGCUACGGGCACGACCUCGCCGCCACCGCCUUCAGAGUUGUCUGGUGUCAAGGGCGUUGACAGUGUCGCUUCCAACGCGUCGAACCCGGUACUCAGCCCAACUCCGGUUGCUGGUGGGAUCAGCGCCUCGCAGCCGAACCCCACAUCUUCGACCUUGUCCUCCUCUGGAUCCUCGCUUGCCCCAUCGCCAGCACCAGCACCAGCACCAGCACCAGCGCCGCCUACCCCCAAUUUUGCAGCUAGCCCCAUCUUCCCCUCCAAGCUCCGCCCGCCGCCCCUAAUACCCACCCCGCCGUUGCCUGCAAAGCCCAGCACGUCCUUCACUGCCGUCUCUUCCCCACGGACGCCUGGGAGCUCAGGUCUGACCAGUACGAAUUCGAGGGGCCAUGGCCACAGUCCGUCGCCGAGCAUCGAGUCCAUCUCCGCUGGCGCGAAUACGCCGAGCACGCCGUCGACGAUCGUGGGCAAGGCUGUCGACAUGAUGUCGAACGCUGGAGCGUAUUUCAGGCUCUGGUCGCGCGAGAGUGCUGCUGCGUCUACGACGUCCACUCCCGCGUUAUGA